ACCGAGGAUCUUUCCCCCCACAUCACCCCCAUUUUUUAAAAAGUGUUUAUGCUCGUUUCUUCAUGACUUGGGGAGGGGAGGGGAGCCUCAGCACUAGCUCCGGCAAAUCCAACACCAUGCGAGCCCAAAUCGAGGUCAUACCUUGCAAAAUCUGUGGAGACAAAUCAUCAGGUAUCCACUACGGAGUCAUUACAUGUGAGGGAUGUAAGGGUUUCUUCAGAAGGAGUCAGCAGAACAAUGCUGCCUACUCCUGCCCCCGCCAGAGGAACUGCCUCAUCGACAGAACAAACCGCAACCGCUGCCAACACUGUCGCCUGCAGAAAUGUCUCGCCCUAGGAAUGUCCAGAGAUGCGGUAAAGUUUGGCCGCAUGUCAAAGAAGCAGCGUGACAGCCUGUAUGCAGAGGUGCAGAAGCACCAGGCUCGGCUGCUGUUGGAGCGGCAGCAGCAGACAGGCGAGGCAGAAGCACUCGCACGAGUUUACUCGACCAGCCUAACCAACGGACUGUCCACCCUUAACCAUGAGAUUGGGGGCACCUAUGCCAAUGGUCACGUCAUUGAGCUGCCCAAGGGUGGCCAUGUUAACGGAGCCGUAGUCCCAGGGGGAUACUAUGGGAUAGACUCCACCCAGCCGUCUCCGGAUCAGUCAGGGCUGGACAUGUCGGGCAUGAAGCACAUUAAGCAGGAGCCGGUGUAUGACCUGACGCCGGUGCCCAACCUGUUCAGCUAUAGCGGCUACCAGGACAUUCAGCUGGGACCCAACAACGUCAGCAUGGGAGAGCUGGACCGUAUUGCUCAGAAUAUCAUCAAGUCUCACCUGGAGACGUGUCAGUACACAACAGAGGAGCUGCAGCAGCUAGCCUGGCAGACACACUCCUACGAAGAGGUCAAAAUGUUCCAGGGCAAGCCCCGGGACGUGCUGUGGCAGCAGUGUGCCAUCCAGAUCACCCAUGCCAUCCAGUAUGUGGUGGAGUUUGCAAAGCGCAUCUCGGGGUUCAUGGAGCUGUGCCAGAACGACCAGAUCCUCCUGCUCAAGUCAGGUUGUUUGGAGGUAGUCUUGGUGCGGAUGUGCAGGGCAUUCAACCCUCUCAACAACACUGUGCUCUUUGAAGGGAAGUACGGCGGCAUGCAGAUGUUCAAAGCUCUAGGUUGCGAUGACUUAGUGAGUGCCGUGUUUGACUUUGCCAAGAGUUUGUGUGCACUGCAGCUGACAGAGGAGGAGAUCGCUCUGUUCUCGGCAGCUGUACUCAUUUCCACAGAUCGGCCUUGGUUGAUGGAGCCUCGGAAAGUCCAGAAGCUCCAGGAGAAGAUUUACUUUGCUCUGCAGCACAUUAUGCAGAAGAACCACAUGGACGAAGAUGCACUGGCAAAGCUGAUCAGCCGAAUCCCAACGUUGUCAGCCCUGUGCACGCUCCACACCGAGGAGCUCCAGGCCUUCCAGCAGCUCCACCCAGAAACAGUCAACGUCCUCUUCCCUCCGCUCUACAAAGAACUGUUCAACCCUGACCCCAACUCUGGGGUCAUGGCCAUGCCCAAGUGACUGCCUGUGGUCCCAAUGCAAGAAACAGCAUCAGCGGAGGACCAACAAAAUGAGAAGACAGACACGUCUGACGAGACGUCAUCAGCCAUGACGACUAUGUCCUCAUCGUGGCAAUCACAUAUUCCUGAGCUCCCCGAGCCUCAUUACGAGCAGGGGGGUGAGGAGCUACCUGCCAGGA